UAUAGAGUCAGCGCUUCAAAAUUCCCAGUGCCUCUCUCUCUCUCUCUCUCUCUCUCUCCUAAGCCCUUGCAAAACCCUGAGCUAUAUUCCGGCAGUAUGCCGGGAGUGACAUCAGAUUCCGGCGAGUCCAACUCUCUCUCCAUUGUUCCCCACUCCUUGGAGGCGCAAGCGCCGAUAGUCUAUCCUCUGCGAGCGCACUGCGCCGCCCCGCCGUUCGGCCGCGUCUCUAUCUCCUGGGCGCGUGGUAACACGCUCCGCGUCUCGCUCCUGCAAUCCGGAGGAGCUGAAUCCGGUGGGGAAGUCGUGGAAGUGAAUCUCACCAAUGCGGAAGGCGGAGAAAUCCCCGAAGCUGAGCGGCUGAGAAUUGCGUGCGGCUCGGUCACGCCCUUCGCGGUUCUCCAGAGCCGGAAAAAUCCGAUUGACAAGCUGCAGUAUGACAAAACUUGGUGGGUACACGUAAUGGAGUACAGCAAGGAAAUAAAAUCUCUCCUCGGGAAUUCAAAGUCAUAUGUUGCUCCAACCAUUGAAGAUCCGAAGACAUUAUUGAAGAAAGUUGAGGAACCAACCUCAUUGAAAGCUGCCUGGGAGCUGAUGGAACUGUUUUAUGCGGACAAGCAAUCUCAGACCUGGAUCCCUGAACGCCUUCUUGAUUGGUUAGCUGAUUACGAUUGUUUGCUAUCUGCAACUCAGCCAACUGUCCAUGCGGGACUUGUGUCUUUCCAGAAAGGACUUGUAACUAUACAGGCAGUUGAGAACGAUCCAGAGUAUUGGGAAGUUAUGUCAUCUGCCUUAGGAGUUGGCUGGCUGGAUAUUGUUGUAAAAAUGUUGCGGUUGCAUGGAUCUUUUCAGUUGGACCAGCUUGCAAGUCGAGAGAUAGAGAGUGGGCUAGUUGAAGCAGUUGCUAUUCUUAUAUCACAGAUGCCACGACUGCGUCCUCAUAUAUCAGAAGAUAAAUUAGGAGAAUGCUACAACACCAAGCCUGAGUUUAUGAAAGCAUGGGAGAAGUGGCGAACUCAAAUUACUAAACUGGAUUGCCAUCCUUAUUGGCUUCAAUGUGAUCAUAAACAGACCAGAGUUGGACUUAAAAAUAUGAUUCAGAUAAUGUUGGGAAAUGCUAGUGUUCUCUCCCAUGUGACAUAUCACUGGAUAGAGCUUUACAUUUCCCACCUUUUGUACAUUAGGCCUUUCACUGUGGGUUUAGAAAGCAUGUAUAACCUAGCUCAGAAAUGCAUGCAUUUAAAACCAAUUACCAAUCGACAUAAGUUGAUGGGACUCCUAAUUGGGAUUCUAGAAGAAAACACAGAGGUUGUUCUUGCUGAAUGCUCAAGAUCAUUUGGCCCCUGGAUGAUAACCCAUGCUGUAGAGCUGCUGAUAGCUGGAAGCAAUCAAGCAGAAAUGCUUUUGCAUGAAGAGCAGUCUAAGAUUGGAGGAAUCUGCAUAGAAGAGCUUCAUCGACUGAUUUAUGCUCAAAUUCUAUCUUCUCAUGCCUUGACUUGGAAUAUUGCUCCUAUAUAUUUGACUUCAUGUAUGAAGCAAGGUCUGGGCUUGUUGGAAAACUUAUUGUACAAGCAACCUGUACAGCAUCAUCAAGUGUUAUCGAAGAGCAUAGAGAUCUGUCGUCUCAAUCGAGUUGAUUAUGUUAGUCACCAUAUGAUGAAGAUAGCCGGAGUUUAUUACUGGAAACAUGGAAAUAAAGGUUCAGCUGUGUUCUGGCUGCAGCAAGCUCAAGAUGAAGUUCGUUUAAACCGAAUUGCCAAGCAUUUGUUUGAUUUUGUUGGAAAAUCAGUUUCUGAUGAAAGUUUCAAGCAAUGGGAAGGAAUGAUUGAAUUGCUGGGAUCUGAGUCUAAAACUGCUGGGGGUCUCGAGUUCUUGAAAAAGUAUAGGGAUUUCAGGCGAUCCCUUCAGCAAGUUCAGGACGGAAUCACCACUGAUGAUGCUAGAAAAGCUGCAGAAGCGCUCGUAGCUCUCAUGAGGAACCCUUCUACACCUCAGCAGUUUUGGCUGCCUCUGCUAUACGACUCAUUGAGAUUGCUGAACUGGAAGGAUCGUCCGUUGCUCAACGUUUCUCACACUAACCUUUUGUUGAAUAAGCUGCAAGAGUUGUCGUCUGCACGACUUCUGCCAGGCUACGUCGAUGCUGCCUUGCCGCCGGAGGCCUUCAAGUCUGUCCGGCUGGCUCUUGCUACCAAUCUUGGCCGCGCCAUCCUUGAAGAGUAAGAGCCUUCCUCACUGCUUGUGGCUGUGUUUUGCUAUAUUAGUCUGUGCUUCGACUGUGUGGGAACUUUCCCAACUUUUCUUGUAGGUUUGUGUAUCGACUGAGUGUGUUGUUAAUCAUAUGGAUUUUUAAUGUAUUUUAUAAUUGAUUUGUAAUUACAAAGUAGUAUCAAUAUAUGUUACAUAAAGUAUCAAAUCUCCAUCUUUCACGUCC